AUGCCUAGCGAGUUUGUCUGCAUGCUAGAGACCAGCUGUUUGAAAAUUUCCCUGUUAGUUAUGCACAACGGUUCAGCAAAAGGAAAAGCAGCUUUGUUAACUGUCGGUAGCCUCGUUGUGGGCGUUGCAGUGGGAUCAGUGGUUGAGAAUUGGUUGCAGGAAGACAGUUCCAUUUUUUGGCAUACACUUCUCACAGUUGUUGGUAUCAUUGGCGUGUCACAAUGUAGAAAUGCAACUUAUCCCGCUGUUGCAGAGAGAUUGCGUGGAGACUGGAUAAGUGAUCUUGCGAUUCCUGUUGUUACUGGCUUCCUCGGAAAGGGACAGAAAUCUUGGGCCGUAACUACAUUAGGAAAGGGCGAGAGUGAUUUGACAGCUACAACCAUUGGCAAAGCCUUGGGUUUACGAGAAAUUCAGGUGUGGAAGUAUGGGGAUGGUUUUUUGACCUGUAAUCCUAAUAUUUACCAGCGCGCAGAACCUGUACCGUAUUUCACAUUUGAUGAAGCAGCUGAACUUGCAUAUUUCGGUGCACAGGUUUUGCAUCCGCAAUCCAUGCGACCUGCUAGAGAGGCCGAUAUUCCUGUUAGGGUCAAGAACUUUUGUAACCCUAAUGCUCUACGUAUCCUCAUCACCAGAGCUAUAUGA